AUGGUAGCCGAAGAGUCGGUUCCAGGUUCAUUCGACAUACCUAUCCAGACCUGUAAGCGAUGCGGAGAGCCGAUAUUUGAAGGUCAUGCGUAUGAAUUAGGAGAAGAUCGGUGGCAUAUCCACUGUUUCAAGUGCUCCAAAUGUGAAACAUCGCUUGGGUGCAACUCCAACUUUUUGGUGCUUGGAAACGGGAAUCUUAUCUGCUCUAAUUGCUCGUAUAACUGCAAGCAAUGUGGAAAGAAAAUCGACGAUUUGGCUAUUUUGACAGGCGACCAAGCUUAUUGCUCGUCGUGCUUCAAGUGUCGUUCCUGUAAGCUCAAAAUCGAGGAUUUACGGUACGCAAGAACAUCCAAAGGACUCUUUUGUAUGAGUUGUCAUGAAAAACUUAUCGCCAAGAAGAAGAAACACGACUCAAAAAAGAAGUUGAUGGCCCAAGAUGGACUGCAAAAUUCCACUCCCUCCGAGCUAAAUACCCCCGAGAUGAAACCAAGAGACAGAAGCAAUUCCAGAUUGGACCUGUUACGGUCAGAAUCUUCAUCUUUAUCGAGAUCCAACUCACGGAAAAACGUCCGUCCUCCUCCGCCAGAGCUUCCCGUGGAGCAGAUCUACAACAGGUCUCUCGCGCUGGACGUUUUCACUGCAUCUAACCGAUCUGGCUCGAGCAUCAGUACCAAAGACAAAAAUCUUCCACCUCCCCCAACCGAAGCUAAAACCCCCAACUCGCAGCCAUUGCCUCAGGACUCCUUCCAUUUGACAAAAUCAGCCGUCUCUUCGUACUCACAGUCCACCGCUACUCAGUCCUCCGAAAAGCCAUGGGACAGAAUCUCGCCAGCCAACAGUAAUACCUCUUCAAUUGAAGAAGUGGUUGACAGUGACGACGAACUCAACCAGAAAACGACGUCGCCCCUUGACAGGCAGCUCCACACACCUCCUAUAAACGGACAAUCCAGCAAUCAGCUCCAGCCAGCUGCGCAAAUCAGCUCGUUGGAUUCACAUUCCUCAAUGAGCCAGAGAAUCGAAUCUCCUUCAUUCGUCUCAAAACGAAACUUCCAGGGCAAAGACCUUCUAAUUCUCUCUCCCAACCAGUACUAUGACCAAGCUCCGUCCGCCAACUCGCCUCUGGUUUCUGUUUCUUCCGAAGGCAGCAGCAAGUAUAGCGGUGACAGAACCGGGUUGGAACCUGGUACUAUGGACCGUCAGCGUGGAAAUGCUUCGCCGUUUGCUCGAGCCAAUCGUCAAGCUCGGGUUCUAGAGACGUCACCGGAGCAUAGCAAGGACGAUAGUACUGGCAUUGAAGAAUGGCCUGAACAAAGAAACGCAGCAAAUGUAACGCCAGUCAAGAGAACGAAAAAUAUCGACUCUCCCUCAACGGUUGCGUCUCCACCGCCUCGACUUCCAUUGCCAAAUGUUCCUUUAACACCAAACGAGAGCAAUAACAAAAGUUCUGACAAGGUACCCCCAAGACAUAUCAACAGGUCGCCAUUCAAGGAUUUCAACAGGAGUCCCCAGGGCUUGGGAUUGGAAGGUAUGGAGUACUACGAUCCUGAGAAAAUAGGAUCUAAGGAUAGCGAUAGCCCCGAGAAGAAAAACGGUCAUAAAAGACAACCCGUGGACCACAAAGUGCCCAAGGCUAAAAUUAUUGGGAACCAAACCCCGGUGGUGACCAAUCUCGAGGACUCAUACGGAGACCAAGUCAACGAGCAGGAAGAUUUGACGAGAAAAUACUCGUUGAGAAGCACAAAAUUCUCAUUGAAGCACAAGAGAUCGGUUUCGGGAGGCAGUGGAAGUGGACUCAGCAUCAAACUCAAUCCGUUCAAAGGAAGAGACGAUCGUGGACAUGCCAGACAUGUAUCUGAUGGUUCCAUCAAUGGCAAUUCCGCGUAUACUACACCACCUUUACCACGAACUUCACCGAUGAAUCACCCCUCCUCGUUCACCUACAGCCCCAACAACUACAACGGACACAACAGAUCGACUUCUGACACUCCAUUUGUGUCCAACUUGGAAAGCUACAACACUGGAAACGAGUACCACAAGAACGAACUUGAGUUGCGAGGGAUGAAGCUCGAAAUGUACCAAAUGGAUAGUCAGCGGAGUUCAUUACAGACAGAAAUCAGCACCUUAUCAGAGCAAAAGACAAAGAUUGCCAGUGCUGUUGAAGCCAUCAAGGACAAAUUCUCUAAGGAAACCACCAACUACGAGAUUCUCAUGAGAGAAAUCGCAGACCUAGAAAAGGUCAAGUAUGGUCUUGCCGAGGAAAACCGUCGUCUUCGCAUGGAAAACGACCAAUUGGACUCGUCCUUGAGAGUUCCCAGAAACAGCGACAUUGGGUCCACGGCCGAGACUACUUUGGCAGCAAGCUUGGGCAGUACCAUGCCGUUGACGAAGCUGACGUCGUCGUCGUCGUACAUCAACGAAACUCCCAACUACACAAAUUACGACGACCAAAACGUGGAAACGAACAAGGCGACAAAAUUGAAAUUCUGGAGACGAGCCAAGCUUGGGUCCAGCAGCUCGCCGUCGUCGGCGCCGGUGCCUAUACAAGUUUCCAGUCCUCAGCUAGUGAGUCAGAAUAGACUGGCCAACGGAAGCAAUGGCAUGAAAAUGAGCCAGAGCCAUAGUUCCACCACCAUCAACCCAGCGGAAAACGGUACACAUUCUCAUGCCAAUUCAGGGAGCGGAAGUGAUUUUUUGAGUGUUGAAAAACCGAAAAAGACAUCGUCCAACCAAGGGUCGUUUUUCACUCGAAGCAAGUCUUCGAAUAUUUUGGACUCAUUCAUCGGAAACAAUUCGGCCAGCGAAAAAGCCGAUGGAAAUGCUCCACUUUUCUCGUCUACCAUUCAGCAGCGGGCCACUUUCGAGAACGAACUGGUGCCGUUCAUAGUCACAAAAUGCAUCCAAGAGGUGGAGGUCCGCGGGUUGGAUGUGGAGGGAAUCUACCGAAUUUCUGGUGGAAAUUCAGCCAUUGUCAAUAUCGAAAACUGCUUUUCGAAUCUUACCGGUAAGAACGACGACAAGUACCAGAAACUCUUGGAAGCAUUGGAUGUGGACAUCAACGCUGUGACUUCAGCACUCAAGCGUUAUUUACGCAAACUUCCUGAACCUAUUAUACCGUACAACAUUUACACCGACUUCAUCAAAGUGGGCCAAUUGAAGCAGACGCUGUCGUUGGACCAACAAGUCCACGAAUUGAAAACCAAAGUCAUUAACAGGCUUCCACCAGCCAACAAAAAUACCCUCGAAAUGUUGUGCCAUCAUCUAAAUUUGAUUACGCAAAACCAGGCUUCGAAUCGAAUGGGCACCAAAAACUUGUCUGUUGUAUUUGCACCCACACUAGCACGGGACCGAACCGGAGAACGCGAGUUGACGGAUACGGGACAUCGAAACGACGCUACAGAGUUAUUGUUGGAAAACUAUGAACUUGUGUUUUAG